AUGUCGCCUUGGCACGAAAGAGGGUUCAUCUUCACCAUCUGCCUCUCCCAGCUCUUCUCUCUGGCAGCGCUAGCGCAGUCGUUCGCACCUUUGCUCCUGAUCGCCAAAGACUUUGGCGUCACCAAUCCUGGACAAAUGGCCUGGUUUACAGCAUCUUACAGCAUGACACUGGGCUCUUUCAUCCUUCCAGCAGGAAGACUUGGAGACAUGUAUGGGCACAAGAAGAUGUACCUAAUCGGCUGGAUCUGGUUCGCCGUCUCAUCCGCAAUUGCUGGUUUCUCUGGCCUCGUAGGUGGACACAUCAUGCUGAGUACCUGUCGUGGACUGCAAGGAAUCGCUCCUGCACUGCUUGUGCCUAACGGAAUUGCUCUGAUUGGACGAACCUUCCCCAUGGGACCUGAACGUGCUCGAGCAAUCGCCCUCUUUGGCGGCUGCGGUCCAGUUGGCAUGACGCUGGGAGUCGUCUUCUCCUCUCUAAUAGCGGAAGUUUCGUGGUGGCCUGCAUGUUUCUGGACUAUGGCAAUUGCUUGUGUAUUCGCUUUCGGGUUGUCUUGGUCGAUCAUACCAUCAAGUGAAGCUUGGCAAAAGCCAGCGAGUAUGACCGAGUUCGACUUCUGGGGAUCUCUGACAGGCGUAAGCGGCUUGAUGCUGCUCAACUUCGUUCUCAAUCAAGCUCCAAUCGACGGCUGGGACACGGCAUAUAUCCCAGUCACCCUGAUUCUCAGUCUCGUCUUGCUCGGGAUUUUCGCCUAUGUGGAACUAAAAGUAGCAAAGGCGCCAAUCGUACCUCUACAAGCCUUGGAUCGCAAAGCGGUACUGACGAUGGCUUGCAUCGGGUUUGGGUGGGCAUCGCAUGGCAUCUGGGCUUAUUAUCUCUACCUGUUCAUUAUGGUUAUUCAAGGCUAUCCACCUCUGAACGCCGCAUCAAAGUCAUGGCCGGUCGCGCCCAUUGGCUUUUGUGCUGCCAUUGCAGUGCCAUAUCUGCUGAAGAAGCUCAAAGUGCCCUGGCUCAUGACCAGUGCCAUGCUGGUCUUCGUAAUCAGUCCAGGUCUGCUGAUCUUUGCCGACCCAGCAGACCCGUUUCCGGUCCCGAUGAUCAUAUCGAUUCUCGUCGCGCCGCUGGCGAUGAACUGGAGCUUUCCAUCAGGCACAAUCUUGAUGUCCAACGCCCUACCGAAAGAGCAUCAGGGCAUCGGCGCGUCGUUGAUUAGCACGAUGGUGAACUACUCAAUAGCCACAGGCCUAGGCAUUGGGGGCUCGAUAGAUCGAUACACGAGUCACGGCUACACACCCUUGCACGGCUAUCACAACGUGUGGUGGCUCGGCGUUGCUUUCGGCGCUGCAGGCGUAGUGACAAGCCUUUAUUUUGUCUGGCAGUCGAGAACUCCCAAAUAACUUGAGCGCGCUGCAAAAUCCUUCACGCACGACGUAGAGAUAGAGCUUGAAAUGAGACCAUGUUGACAUGAUGC